CUCAGAGAGCGAGCGGGCGAGGGGGCGGGCGGGUGCGCGCGCGUUGGCCGGGCCCCGCGGCCUCUGGGCUUCUUUCGGCGAUGGCGACGGCGACGGCGCCCUCGCCGCGGGACCCAGCCGGGGACUGGCAGGACUUCUCGGGCUUCCAGCCUUUCUCGGAGCCGAGCGCUUGCCUGGAGCCCCCGGCGGCGGCGGCGGCGGCCGUGGAGGGAGGCCCAUGGGAUGGCGGGGGCGAUCUGGGGACCAGGCUCCCGCUCUGCUUCCAAUCUGCUCGGCUGCUGGCUGAGCAUUGCGUAGACCCGGAAGCCCUUCUCCCGCCGCAGCCCCUCAGCGAGCGGAGCGCCUUGCACGAAGAUGAGAUUUGGAAUGCUCUGACAGAUAAUUAUGGUAAUGUAAUGCCAGUUGAUUGGAAAUCAUCCCACACCAGAACUCUGCACUUGCCAACCCUGAAUCUUUCUGAAAAGGGAGUUAAUGAUAACUUGAACCUAGACUUGUCAGAUGAUGAAGAGUUGAGAGACCAGCUAGACAUGCAUUCUAUCAUUGUCUCCUGCAUCAAUGAAGAACCUCUCUUCACAGCUGAGCAGGUGAUAGAAGAAAUAGAAGAAAUGAUGCAGGAAUCUCCCGAUCCAGAUGAUGAUGAAACACCUAACCAGACAGACCGUCUGUCCAUGUUGUCCCAAGAAAUUCAAACACUUAAAAGGUCUAGUGCAAACCACAAUUAUGAAGAAAAGGUGCAAAAGCUGUCUAUGUCUGAAUUAAACGAUCUCCUAGAAGAGAUUGAGGCAGCCAUCAAAGACUACUCUGAGGAAUUAGUGCAACAAUUAGCCCUACGGGAUGAAUUGGAGUUUGAGAAGGAAGUAAAGAACAGCUUCAUAUCUGUCCUGAUUGAAGUACAAAACAAGCAACGAGAACAAAAAGAAAUGGCAAAGAAGAAGAAAAAGUUAAAAAAUGGCACUUCUCAGAAUGGAAAGCAAGAAAAAAGCCAUCUGCCUGGAACACGCUUCAGUAUGGAAGGAAUCUCAAAUGUCAUUCAGAAUGGCUUUCGACAAACGUUUGGAAACGCGGGUGGAGAAAAACAGUAUCUGACAACUGUUAUUCCUUAUGAAAAGAAAAAUGGACCUCCGUCAGUUGAAGAUCUUCAAACAUUAACAAAAAUUCUUCAGGCCAUGAAAGAAGACAGUGAGAAAGUGCCAAGCUUAUUAACAGACUACAUUUUGAAAGCAUUGGUUUGAAAGCUACAUUGCUCCAAGUUUUGUGUCCUACGUGAAGUGACCUACGGGGAAAAAAAAACAGCCAGGCGAAUUCCUGUGAACAAUAUUUUUUCACGGAUUCUUUCAGACCUGACAGUUCGUUUGCACUGCGUUGAAUUCUAAUGUACUUGUUACUUUCAUUGCCUGCUUCCGUUUUUGAAUUCUGGAAUAAAGUCAUCCAGAUCAUGUAAAAUUCAUCCUUUCCCCCACCCAAGUAUAAAUUGCUUGAACAAAUAAUGAAUUCUGUACAGCUUUACUCACAUGCAUUGUUUGGGCUUUUUAAAGACUAUUUUUACAUUAUAUGGCAUGUAAUUAUUUCACCCAGCACCUAUUUGUGGUUGUGGAGGAAAAAAUAACAUCAGUAUAAAUCAGUGUUUCCCAAACUUGACAAUUUUAAGGCAUGUGGACUUCAACUCCCAGAAUUCCACAGCCAGCAACGCUGGCUGUGGAAUUCUGGGAGUUGAAGUCCUCAUGCCUUAAAAUUGUCAAGUUUGGGAAACACUGGUAUAAAUAAAAGAUGCCUAUUAAACAUAAUGCACUUCUAAUAAAAGCUGCAGCAGGUCCAAGUAUUAAAUGUAUAAAAUGGAUCAAAAGCUGAGCCUGCACUGCAAAAUUCCAUUGAAGUUCUUCCUUGAAGGCUCUGGAAUGAAGAUGUUGAUAGAAACAGGAACUGACUUUUAAAGUAAGAAUAAAGGCAGUAUUGUAAUAUUGAUUACUGAUUCAUAUUACUUUGAAUAACCCUCUUGGAAGUAAAAAGUGGUAGAUUAUAAUUUCCCAUCAUUGGUUGGCUGUUUGUUUGUUUUUUUCAAAGCCUAAUGAUGGCAUAGAAGGAAAGUGUUCUAAUAAAGAACACCCUCGAUUUGUGUAGGAUGUAUUGUGCCCCGAAAUCAUUGUCUCAUUAUUUUCAUUUUCUGUAGUUUAAUUUAAAACUAAUGUAGUUUAAUAAUAGUGUUGCUGCUAUUGUACUUUUAACCCAUAUUAAAUGUUUGGUUAUCGUAUCUUA